AGUACAAUUUAGAAAAAAUUGCUCCCAUUACACACUUUAAGCCAGUUGAAGUUAUUAAAUUGGCCUACAACUUUGCCUAGUAAAGAUGAACCGCAAGUUUUCAUGGGUGUUUUUGCCAAUUUUCCAGUUUCUCACCAUCGAAUCGCUAAACAAUUCGGGCAAGUCCUACUACUUUAAAGGAAUAGGAAAUAACGAGUUUAGUGUGCAUAAUCGAAUCCACUUUUUGAACCACAACAUUACUGAUUUGGAUGCUAACCCACAUCCGCCGCAAAAUAUUCAAAAUGUUAGAAAGGACACUAAAGAAAGUCCGAAGAAGAUUCAAUUGAAACAAUUUUUCUUGGACGACGAGUGGAACUAUGUACCGAAGCAAACCAACAAAACAAACAUUCCAGUUUUCAUUAAAAAAUUCUACGAGCAAAGACUAAAAGAACCGAAUAACACAGACACUGUGAGAAUCUUGUUUAAUUUGCACAGAAAUUCUUCGAACACAAUUAUCAAAUUCGAUUUAAGCAGCCUGAAAAUCGAAAAUGAAAACGUUACGGAUGCCGAGAUGUAUUUCUACUGGCCCCUGGAAAACACUUCAAGUAUUUACAAAACUUCUGUUGUACUGCGAUUGUAUCAGUUUGAAAGCCAGUUUAGCAAUGACCUGAACGAAUCGAUUUUAGUGGAAAAUCCUGACGUUCACAAACUGUUCAAUGUGAUUUACAUCUCCAAGGCCCAAAAGGGCUGGCAGACUUUCAAAAUUAAGAAACCGAUUGAAAACUGGAUUAGUGGCGAAGACAACUUAGGACUGUUGCUCACCAUCUCCAGCUAUGACGACAACAAGCUUAUCUCCAUAUUUAACGAUACGAACGAGGGUGUUUUUAAAACGUUUGCUGUCCUAAACAUUCGCAGGAAUCAAACACUCAGUCCAAGCACAACUAACCACAGAGCUGCUAACCAAACAGCGCCAGUGAAGAGCAACACAGCCUGUUCAAAAAAGCCCUGGAAAUUGGAUUUUCAACAAUUGCAGUGGGAUUCGUUUAUUUUGUAUCCGGAAAAUGGAUUUAUGGCCUAUCAGUGCUCGGGAAGAUGUCACUUGGAGGAUAAUCGCAAACAGAACAAUCACGCUAAGUUGAAGCAGUUUGUCAAUGGAGUGCGAGAAAAGGUUUGUUGCGUUCCAAAUGAGUACAGCUCGCUUCCCAUUAUGUAUCUGGAUCGUUCUGGAAAUGUGGUUUUGAAGAGCUACGAUCAGGUAGUCGUUGAGAGUUGUGGAUGUAGAUAAUAUUGUUUUAAGACACUUUGAAACAGGUAUUUUUUGUCAGUACUUUGGAAACCAAGAGCUAUUUUAAUGUGUUUCGUAUCGUUUCGAUUUGCUUGUUGUAUACUUUUAUAGUUUUUUAUGUAUGAUAUAUUUUACAUAAUUUGAUAUUAAACAGGUUCUUUAUAAA